UCUCUCUCUUGAUUUGAAACAACGGUUUAACUAGAGCUGAAAAUCCCAAGUCGGUCAAACAGGAAUGAAUCAGAUGAACUCUGAGGAGUUGCGCUCUCUCCCUCCAAGACCACCCAAUUUACCUUCAACUUCGCCAAAAAGACGGUUUGUCAAACUUGGAAGGAAGACAAGUGAUGGCUCUCAGCUAUCAGUUACAUCCACCGGCAGUUCGUCCACCAGCAGGUCAGCUGAGGGUGUGGCGGUCAGACAGCCCAGCAAGAGCCGCAUCCGUCGCCAUACCAACCGCCUCUCAGGUGUCUUCCGUCGCCCAGCCACCGGCUCCAACUCCGGCUCAAUGGCCCUGACUGCGAGCCUCAGGACGUCGCUGUCCGUUCAGGCCAGGAAGGGCAGCAUGAACUCAACAGAUGCUCUUACUGCAGAAGAUCCUUUUGAGCUGUCCAAUCAGAUAACUGCUCCAGGAAUCCUGAAGAUCUUCGGGAGUGAAAUCUGUAAAGGGGCCCACUAUAAAAGUGUCCUGGCCACCACACACUCCAGCGCAAAAGAGCUAGUCAAAGAGGCCCUUGAACGGUAUGGCCUGGCCAAGGAAGAGGCAGUAUCCUACGUCCUUUGUGACACCAUUGGUUCCAUUGGUGGGCAUCAGUGGAGAACAGAAGGGUUCCGAGUCGUGGGUGACAACGAGAAGCCCCUCCUCCUGCAAUCACUAUGGAAACCUAGAGAGGGUCUGGCAAGACGGUUUGAAAUCCAGAGGAGAAGCUUGGUAGAAGAGGAGACAUCCAAAGACAAAGACACCAUCACUGCUGGUAUCAAUGCCCAGGCUCGUAAGUUGCAGAAAAGCCGCUCCAGAGUGAACUCCACACUCAUAGAGAGGACUUCAGGACGAAGCCACAAACUGUGGAGGAGCAAAAGUGAGAUGGACCUUUUAGAUUCUGAUACAGAGACCACACAGGACACAUGUCAUGAUACAUGUCUUGAGGAUCAAAACAAGCAGCUGAAUCAAACUUCAGUGCAGAGUUUCCAGCGCCCUAAAGAAAGAAGACCAGAACAGAAUCACAUUCACUUGGCAGUUCUCUCAGAGGGGGACAGUGGGUCGCCGGCCAAAACAGAGACCCUCUGUCCGCCGAGGUCGAGAGGCGAGCGGGAAGGAGAGGAGUCUGAGAGGGAGGAGACGGAGAGCAGCGACGAUAACACCACACAGUACUCCAUUCACCCUCCUCUCGACUGUCCGUACCUGCUGCUGCUGCAGGGCUGCAGCCUCGCACAGGACUUUAUCAUCUACCUACUUGCAAGCCCAAAGAUUGUAAUGGGUCGACAAAGUGACCACGAAGAUGCAUCAAAGCCAGACAUCCUCCUUUUUGCUCCAGACAUACUUCAGAAACAUUGCUCUUUCCAUCGUCAUAGCACUGGUGGUCCCACCAUGCUCUGUCCUUGUCCAGACGCUGUGGUUAUGAGAAAUGGUGAGGUCCUGAGAAAAGAAGUACAUCUUAGCCCUGGUGACAUCAUUGGACUGGGACAGCGCUACCUGUUUAUAUUCAAGGAUCCCUUAGCUUUGAUGCACAAGGAAGUGAACAGCACUACACCUGAAUCCAACUUGUCUGCGAUCCCCUGGCUGCUGGGUCACACCACUUCUGCCACUACAACAAGCCAUACAAGAGAAAUGAUACUCUGCAACACCUGCAUCUCAACCUGCACUGGACCCCAGAGCCCAAGCAGCAAACAGAACCUAAACAGGGGCCCUCCGUUUCUAAAAUCACCCGAGGGCCACAGCUUGACUUUGAACUAUGAUACGGAACAUGAGCAUCACAUUGUCAAAAAAAUUAUCGCUAUGGAAAGCAGCAAAGUCCAAGAGAAACCACCGCUGACUGUUUCAUUAUUGCUGUGCAUGUGUGUUCAGUAUUCAUCCACGUGUCUUCAUACCUCAGACCUGCGCAGGCUUCUGCUGCUUAUUGCAAGCGGAGUUCAGAAUGCCAUGUGGGAGUACACUAAGGACCUAGCGGCAGUCCAACCUGAAGUUCUCAAUGGUGAAGGUUCAAACCCAGACGAUCUGCAGCCUCUCAAUUUAGAGGAGGUGAUCUCAGGACUGUGCCCUCUGGUGGUCUGGAUGUCAAACAGUCUAGAGUUGCUGCAGUUCAUCCAGUACCAGUUGCCUCUUAUUCUGGAGUGGAGAACCCGAAAGGAGCGUGGACUGGAGGAUGAAGAAGAAAUGAAAGCAGAGAGUGAGGAGGUGGAGAACUUAGCCCUGUUGGAGCUACGUCUGUCCUGUGUCCGUUCAGCCAGUGAGGAGACAAUGGCCGUCCUGGAGGAGGUCAUCAUGCUUGCCUUCCAGCAGUGUGUGUACUACAUCACCAAGGUCCUGUACCCAAUCCUGCCAGGACUUCUGGACUGCAACCCAUUCAGGGAGAGUCCUGACUCACAGGUCCCUGGUGAGAUUGAGCAGGUUGUGGAGGUUCUAACUGAGACUCGGAGACUGCUAUCAGACUGUCAGCUACACCCAGAGAUUUCCUCACAGCUCAUCGCUUAUGUCUUCUACUUCAUCAAUGCAUCACUCUUCAACUCACUCAUGGAGAGAGGCUCAGAGCCAGGUUUCUACCAGUGGUCCAGAGGCGUGCGCAUGCGGGCCAAUCUUGACCUGCUCCUGGACUGGGCCCAUGCAGCUGGACUGGGAGAACUGGCUUUGGAGCACACACACACUCUCUCGUCGGCUAUCAAUCUGCUGGCCACGCCUAGAAAGAAUUUACUACAGACAUCAUGGGCGUCCUUGCGAUCUGACCACCCUGCCCUGAGGCCAGCCCAGUUGAACCACCUGCUGAGUCUUUACAGCCCCGCAUCUCCCUGCAGACACACCUGGGCUCCAUCUGCACAUGACCAAGCAGCAGCAUAUAGAACUGCUGAGAUCCUGGAGAGUUUUGAUACCCACCAUCCUCUAGUGCUGCCAGAUGGGGGUUACCAGUUCCAAUUGAGAAGGGCAGUAACAGAUUUGGCCUUGAGGGAACAGCUGGAUAAGCUUCAAGAAUUCAUUUCCAGCCUCUGUGACUCACAAUCCAAUGAAGUCACAACUACUGGGGACUUCCAGGUACUGAAAAUUCUGGAAACCUUGGAUACAUCACCAGUUGAAAUGGUCAUAUCGCAGGCUACUGUCCAGAACUACCCUACCUCUUCUGCCUUACCUCCAUCACCCCCAUCACCGUCAUCUCCCUCCUCAACCCAGUACCAUGAUGAGUUCAGCUCCUGCGGUGCCCUCCUUUUGUCCCAGAAGCUAAGGAAUCUGGAGCUGCAGACAAGACAGAUGGACACCACUGAGAUGAGGAGGUCAGCACUGGACCCGUCCUGCCUCCUGACCCCACCCAACACCCCCCACACUACAGAUCCUGUUCAUUUGGUGAAGGCAGACAAAGAUAAAUGGAUGAAGGCUGACAGUGAGUCUCUCCCCUGGUCCUCUGGAGUAGAUACACAUGAUGAAGGUGGUUUAGUGUUUGAAUGCCUGGCUGCACUUAAAGUAGACCGUUUGAAAUCAGAUUUGAAAUCAGAUUGCACCAGUAUGAAAAUAAUUGUUGAACUCAAAGAAGAAGAGGAGGAGCAGGAGGAGGAUGAAGAGGUGGACGACCAUUAUGAUGACAACAACGAUGAGGUCUUUAGUAUAGAGCUGGAACGAGGAGAAAGAGGACUUGGUCUUGCGCUGGUUGACACAAGGGACACCAUGAUGAAAGUGAAAGGCAUCUUCAUCCGUGCAGUGGUCCCAGACUCUCCUGCAGCCCGGUGUGGGAAGCUGGCACCAGGAGACAGGAUCCUGGCUGUUAAUGGAGUCAGUCUGCUUGAACUUGACUACCAAAGUGGAAAGGAGCUGAUCCAAUCAUCAGGUGACAGACUGAGGUUACUGGUGGCCAGGUCUGACUGGAUGGCCAAGGUUAUAACGAGUGAAUGCUGACAGCAUUUCUCACUAUAUUUGCUAACCUUAGAGACUAUUAAUGCAUCACAAGUGCACUUAGA